AUGGCUGUCCCCACGUCGGUGGCAAUGGGCGACGAUGGCCUGAUGACGGCAUCAUCGCCCCGCGAUCGUUCCGAGUCGACCGAUGGCAAGGAUAAUAAGGGUGUGCCCGCCUUCGUUUCCAAAUUGUUGACCAUGAUUAACGAUCCCAGCACCGACCACCUCAUCUCUUGGACGCCUGCGGGCGAGACGUUCAAAGUGCACAACGCCACCACCCUGGCACGAGAAGUGCUUCCACGCUACUACAAGCACGGCAAUUUUACCAGCCUUGUCCGCCAGCUCAACAUGUAUGGAUUCCACAAGGUGGUGGGCGUGGACACGGGCCUUCGUAGCAAUGACCAGGAGUGGGAGUUUGUGCAUCCAUGCGUGCAGCGAGAUAGGCCCGAGCUGCUGGUGCACAUUAAGCGCAAGGAUAGCACCAGCAAUACCAAGCGCAAAGUCUCCCGCGAGGACAUGGAAUCCGUCAUGCAAAACCUUGAAACCAUGCGCGGCAACCAGGAUGAAAUGUCCCACCAGUUUCACGAUAUGCAGCGCCAAAACCAAGCCCUGUGGCAAGAGGUGACCGUUUUGCGCCAACGCCACGAGCAACAACGCGUGAUGAUCGGCCGCAUCAUGCACUUUCUGACCCGUCUCGUCCGCAAUCAACCAGCCAUGACCGGCUCAGGCCGCCCUGGUGCCAAACGACCCAAACACCUGGCCUUGGAGGGCGGCAUGUCCCUGCCUGGUAUCGAAGAGCUGCCAAUCAUCUCUGAUACUGAUCUGGAACUCCAGACACCCACUGCCCCCACUUCCACUACCACCGUCCCCACCUCAUCCGUGCCCUACGUCACCAUGCCCAGUCCUUCGAGCAGCGCUGGUGCCCUGGGAAUGGAUAAGAUGCAAGGGGUCUCUGAUCUCAUUGAGCCGGAGCUUACGCACUUUGACACCAGCCUCAACUCAAGCCGCCAACGACUGCAAGAUGGGGGCCUCGAUGACCACAUGCUCCAGUCUCUGUGGGCGGCAGCCAAUCACCCAACGUCUGUGGGUGCAAACGUUCCAGCCACCUCUUCAUGGGAGACCAACCCGAACCAGAUUCACUAUGAAGCCCUCUCCGAUCUGCCCGACAUUGAGCAGCUGGGCACCCCACCAGAGGAUGAUACCUUUGGCGCCAAUGACCCCGAUCCCCUGCUGGACCUUUUGAGUCCCAAUGGUUCCGGUUUGGAUUUGUCCCGCAUCCCCACCAGCAGCCAAGCGAGCGUGUAAGCGCUGGCUCGCUUUUGCCCUUGGUCUCUGUUCUCCCAUGACGCGGACAUGCCAGGAAGAAAGUGAGAGUUCUCCUUCAGCCCUGGUCUUGUUCUGUAGGCUUGCUGGCCCACCCGCCCCCACCCCACCCUACUGAGGUGGCCAGCUGUUCGCUCGUUUAAGCCGUUUUGAAAAAAAAUUUCCCCCUUGGAUAUCGAGUGUUUGUUUGUUCACUAUCGUUUACGGACCCGACUAAGACCAGUCGUUCUGCUGUUGUCAGCUCCGUGUACAUUGACAAUCGACAUUGCAAUGGU